AUCCUGGGGCGCUGGCUCCGGGGGGCCCCACAUCCUCUCGCAGCUGUUCCCAGCCCGGAGCUAAGGAUACGCCUCUGGGUCUUGAAAGGAGGACCCCAGGCUCGCGGGCCGCGACCACACAGAAACCUGCUUGCGGCGCGCUUUGGAGAGACUUGUGCUGCCCGGGGGCUGCGGACAGCUGGGAGGAAAGAUGUUCACUGUGCUGACCCGCCAACCUUGCGAGCACGCAGGCUUCAAGGCCCUCUCCCGCACGCCAGUCGUCGUCGCCUUGGUGGUCUUGAUUUUGAGUGUGGUGGUACUUGUGGCCAUCACACUCAUCCAGAUUCACCAGAAAGAGGUCCUCCUUCCCGGACUGAAGUAUGGAAUCGUGCUCGAUGCCGGGUCUUCCAGAACCACAGUCUACGUGUAUCAGUGGCCAGCGGAGAAGGAGAACAAUACCGGCGUGGUCAGCCAAACCUCCAAAUGCAGUGUGAAAGGCUCUGGGAUCUCCAGCUAUGGGAAAAACCCCCAAGAUGCCCCCAAAGCCUUCGAGGAUUGCAUGCAAAAAGUCAAGGAGCAGAUUCCCGCCCACCUGCAGGGAUCCACGCACAUUUACCUGGGCGCGACGGCUGGGAUGCGCUUGCUGAGGUUGCAAAAUGAAACAGCAGCUAAUGAAGUCCUUGCAAGCAUCCAAAACUACUUCAAGUCCCAGCCCUUUGAUUUUAGGGGUGCUCAAAUCAUUUCUGGGCAAGAGGAAGGGAUAUAUGGAUGGAUUACAGCCAACUAUUUAAUGGGAAAUUUCCUGGAGAAGGACCUGUGGCACAUGUGGGUGCAUCCAAAUGGAGUGGAGACCACAGGUGCCCUGGAUUUAGGCGGCGCCUCCACCCAGAUAUCCUUCGCGGUGGGAGAGAAGGCGGAGCUGAACACCAGUGACAUCAUAAAGGUGUCCCUGUACGGCUAUGUGUACACACUCUACACGCGCAGCUUCCAGUGCUACGGGCGAAACGAGGCCGAGAAGAGGUUUCUGGCCAUGCUCCUUCAGAAUUCCACCACCAACACCAACGUCACCAACCCCUGUUACCCUCGGAAUUACGUCACCACCUUCACCGCGGGCCACCUCUUUGACAGCCUGUGCACGGAGGAGCUGAGGCCUGGAGGUUAUGACCCCGAUGACACCAUCACUUUUGAAGGAACCGGGGACCCAUUACUCUGUCGGGUGAAGGUGGCUUCCCUCUUUGCCUUCAGAGCUUGCCACGACCGAGAGAUCUGCUGCUUUGACGUGGUUUAUCAGCCGGAAGUUAAAGGAUCUUUUGUGGCCUUUGCGGGAUUCUUCUACACAGCCAACGCGUUAAACCUCUCGGGCAGCUUUUCCCUGAACGCCUUCAACUCCAGCACCUGGGAUUUCUGCUCACAGGACUGGAGUCAGCUCCCGCUGCUGCUGCCCCGGUUUGAUGAGGUGUACGCCCGCUCCUACUGCUUCUCGGCCCACUAUAUCUACCACUUGCUCGUGAGUGGGUACAAAUUCACCGAGGACACCUGGCCCCAAAUACAUUUUAAAAAAGAGGUGGACAAUAGCAGCAUAGCCUGGUCUCUUGGCUACAUGCUCACCCUGACCAACCAGAUCCCAGCCGAAAUCCCCCUGAUCCGCCUGCCCAUGAAGCCACCUACCUUUAUGAGCGUCCUCGCCUUCUUCACGGGAGUGGCCUUGCUGUGCCUGGCAUUCCUGGUGUACCUGUAUGCGUUGUCUAGGAAUCAGAGGCGUUCCCAGCAUGCCUUGGACCAUGCAGUGGAUUCCGAGUGAGCCGAGUGAGCAGCUGCAGGAGCUCGAGGGCUGCCCAGGUCCAGCCUGGGUGACACCAGACAAUGCGAGUGAAAUGCCCAUCUGCGGGAAACACAACCACAGUCAAAUACUUAGGUCGUGCGCCCCUCAGAUACGAAGUAUGCCAAAGCACCUCUUGGGGAGCCCCUCAACUGUUCCUUGCACACUGCUCCUCAGAGACCCCACCACCCAAUGCUGGCCCCCUGGGGAACAGGAGAGACAGGCCCUCAAGGCCGGCUCUUUAUUCCAGGGCCCCAGAGGAAGAGGAAGCAGAGAUUAUGACAGUUCCAUGUUGAAGAAUUGACCUCAGGGCACAUUUUGCAUCCUGUCCUCCCUUAGAAAUGCCGUAUUCCUCCUGGCAGAUGCCCACUAAGCAUUUGACCCAAACAGCUAUCUCAUCGUAUGGCUUCUGCCCGCUGGUCCUUAACUGAGACUGUCCUUUAGCAAUCCCAUAAACAUUGAGCUCCCUCAGGUUGGUAGGAUAUAGUAUCUGGGGGAGAAGACUGCUUUACGCCCAAGGUCAGUGGCCACAGCCAGCUUCUGUCGUGCAGGCAGAACCUGAAGGAUGGACGCACAGCAAGUCUCCCAGAAAACAGCUGGCCAUUCCCCAAGUGGGAUUCCCUCCCGCUCAGGGCUCUGGUCAUUAGAUCGCAGCCGGUGUCUGUAUCAUUAUCCUCCCCUCCCCUUCUCGUUGCUCCUGUCAUCCUAUGAAACAUUUCCUCCCAGCGAGGGCAUUGUGUUCCAGAUCUUUUUGCCUUGGUGAGGCUUUUGUUUCAGGCCAUCUUUCCAGAAAUCGUUAGCGUGGUGUGCACCUUCUGUCCACCAUCCCACAGGUAUGCUUGAUGCUGCCAUAAGACGUCCUAUUCUAUGAUUGGCUUACCAGUUCCUUUCCUGGGUGGUAGACCUCCCUGCGUAGCGGCCAUAGUUCCUGAUUUUGGAGAAAGAAGAGGAAGCUGCAGGGACGUUUAACUCCUAAGUGGGAUGGGGGGGAACUCCGGCAUGUCCGAUGGCUACAGGCUAAAAAACAACAUGAUUGCAGAUGGUCGUUUGGUAGCUCAAUGUGGAAUAAAGGACUCGGAUUUUGUUUUC